AUGGAUUUCACGUUAGGGAAAUCGGAGAGCUACAGGACUGACCAGCCUUCGGCGAGAAGAGAUUUCAGCACCUCCAACAGAGCCCCAUACACCGAAGCGUCUUUCACGACAAAUUGCGUUGAGGGGAAUGGUACUGCGUCCCAGACACCCACGCCCAAAAACUAUUCUCGGAGGCCACAGCUAGCCGACCCAGAAUCUCAGACAUGA